AUGGUCAACUUCAGGUGGUCCUCACUCGCCCUGCUCGCGCUGCGCGUCGCCUCUGCGUUCGCGCAAGACGAUGUCAACGCAGAGCCUAACACAUCUGUGCCGGUCGAGCAGCCAGAGCUCAAGGCCGACAUUGAGACGACCUUUCCCGAUGCCGACAUCUUCGGCGUGAAGAUCGUCAAUGGCCGCAUCACCAAGGCGCUGAUCGAGAUCACCAACAACGAGGACACGCCAAUUGACGUCGCCUUCGUUGGCGGCCAGCUCCGGACCACGAAGCCUUUGCCGGAGGACGCGCCCACACACGCCGCCAUCCUCCGCAACCUGACGGCUGUCCGGUACGACGUCUCGAUCCCUGCCGGCGAGAAGCACCAGCUUCCCUUCCAGUUCGUCCUCGACAUGAUGCCCCAGGAUGUUAUCGUCGAGCUUGUCGCCAUUAUCACCAACUCUGCCACCAACCAGAUCUUCCAGGUCACGGCCCACAGCGGUCCCGCGAGCAUCGUCGAGGCCCCGACCAACAUUUUCGACCCUCAGAUCAUCUUCCUCUACCUUUUCCUGACCGGCGUGUUCGGCGCGACACUCUACUUCGUCUACAAGACCUGGAUCGAGGCGCUCUUCCCCCAAGCGAAGCCCAAGGCUGUCCAGGGCAAGAAGGCAGGACGCAAGCCUGUGGCCGAGGCCGAGCCGCUCUCCGGCUCCGAGUCGGCCGGCGCCACGAGCGGCGGCGACAGUAAGGGCUAUGACGAGAGCUGGAUUCCCCAGCACCACCUCCAGCGCCCCUCGGCCAGGAAGGUCAAGAGCGGUACGAAGGCGAAAUAA